UGCCCUGAACCUGACGUGUAGAGCAUUCUUCGGCUACAGCGGGUCAGCGGUCAGUCCUCUCGUCUAUUGGAUGAAGGGAGAGAAGUUCAUUGAGGACCUGGAUGAGGAGAGAGUCGAAGAGAGUGAAAUCAAGGUGGUCCGGGAGCACCUGGGGGAACAGGAAGUGGCCAUCUCCUUGAUGAUCCACUCGGUGGAAGAGGGGGACCUGGGGAACUACUCCUGCUAUGUGGAGAAUGGCAACGGGAGACGGCAGGCCACCAUCCAACUCUCCAGAAGGGCAGAGCUGAUGUACACGGUAGAGUUGGCAGGUGGUUUGGGCGCCAUUCUGCUGCUGCUGCUCUUCCUCAUCUCUCUGUAUAAGUGCUAUAAGAUUGAGCUCAUGCUCUUCUACAGGAGACACUUCGGCAGCGACGACCUGGAUGGAGAUAAUAAGGACUAUGAUGCAUACCUGUCCUACACUAAAGUAGACCCUGACCAGUGGAGUCAGGAGACCAAGGAGGAGGAGCGCUUUGCCCUGGAGAUCCUCCCUGACGUCUUGGAGAAACACUACGGGUACAAACUCUUCAUCCCAGACAGAGACCUCAUCCCCACAGGAACCUACAUCGAGGACGUGGCGCGCUGUGUGGACCAAUCCAAGCGCCUCAUCAUCGUCAUGACGCCCAACUAUGUGGUGCGGCGGGGGUGGAGCAUCUUUGAGCUGGAGACACGCCUCCGCAACAUGUUGGUCACCGGGGAGAUCAAGGUGAUUCUGAUCGAGUGUGCCGAGCUGCGUGGCAUCAUGAACUACCAAGAGAUGGAGGCCCUCAAACACACCAUCAAGACCCUCACCGUCAUCAAGUGGCGUGGCCCCAAGAGCAACAAGCUCAGCUCCAAGUUCUGGAAGCAACUGCAGUAUGAGAUGCCCUUCUGCCGCACCGAACCCAUGCUGAGUCAUGAACCAGCGCUGGACGUUAGCGAGCAGGGCCCCUUCGGCGAGCUCCAGACCGUCUCCGCCAUCUCUAUGGCAGCUGCCACCUCCACCGCCAUGGCCACGGCGCACCCGGAACUCCGCUCGUCCUUCCACAACUCCUACCACACCACCAUGCGGCAGAAACACUACUACCGCAGCUACGAGUACGACCUGCCGCCGGGGGGCACGCUGCCGCCGCUGUCAUCACUAGGCAACCAGCACACCUACUGCAACAUCCCGCUGACGAUGCUGAAUGGGCAGAGGCCGCCAGCAGGGAAGAGCCGCGAGCACAGUGUGGAGGAAGACCACACUAACCACGCCAUGCUGCCUCUGUUGCCCAGGGAGACCAGCAUCUCCAGCGUCAUCUGGUGACCAGGGGGAGUGGGGCAGGGUAGAACCUUACGACACUAGCAGAGAAACGCGGUUUGGUCUGGUUUGACUUGGAUCGGUUUGGUGUCACGCUUCUAUGAGCCAGUACUGAUUGGAUACAUCUGAGAGAUUGUGAGAAGUUUGGUUAGGAGUGGACCCCUGUGAACAGGCAAGACAAAGUCGGGGCAGGUUUGGUUUGGAACGUGGUCCUCAUGUAUGCAGAGGAGAAGUUCUUAAUCCGAGGAUUAAAGAUUCAAACUGACAACAACAAACUGUUUGAUCAAAAGACAUCAGAGUUUGAUCAACAUGAACUGUGAAUAAAAAAUAAAAGAACCCACGCAUUGGCACUUGUGCAUGCGCGCGUACACACACACACACACACACACACACACACACACACACAAAAGGAAAACAGGGUCUUGUACAUAUAUUUUCAGUUUAUUUGUAGCAUAGGUGUCUUCCUGUUUGUGUUUUUCUCUUUUUAUUCAAUCCUGUUUGCUGCCUUCUUUACUUUAACUUUACUUUAACUUGUCACACAGAUUUAUAUAUUUCUAUUUUUUCUGUUUUUUUAUUUAUUUUUAUUUAAUUACAAUAUGCUUAUGAAGAAAGCCAGUAUGUCAUGUAUCUGCGCUGUUGUGUUUUCUAUCUUGACUUUAUGUAGUUUAAGAUCCUUUUUUACACACUUUUGGGGAAUUGCCUGGACAUUGCAACGUUUUACUCCAAGGAGCAGCAUCUUGUUGUUGACCUGUAUAAGGUGUAUAUCUAGUUUUUAAAACAAUCUUUUAAAAAAAUCAUAGAAUAUGCAAAAAGAAGGAAGAGCUACUGGUGAUGUUGAUGUAACUUCCUGUGGACCAGAGGAAGGGGAGGAUUUAGAGAGGGGUCCUAGUCCUCUCCAGUCAGUCAGUCAGAGCUCUCUCCAAAGCUUCAUAUUUUCUAUAAAAACAAACAGCCUCGCUGUUUUAGUGUGAUAGUGAAAUCCCUCACCUUAAAAAGAAAUGUGUUGAUUAUUUUAAAAAUAAGUAUAUUUUUAUAACAAAAAGAGUUUGCUUGGAAAGUCAUACUUAUUUACAUUUCAUCUGACAUUAAGGGGGAGGUGUGUGUGUGUGUGUGUGUGUCUGUGCUAGGCUGGUUUUGUACACCACUUAGAUAUGUGGUUCCUGGUUUGUUAAAGGCCCAGUGCAGUCAAAAACGUGAUUUACUUGUGUUUUAUGUUUCUACACUGAGGUUGGAAUAAUACUGUAAAAUUAUGAAAAUUAGGCCCUUUUAGUGAAGGAGCUGUUUGAAGAGCUGUUUGUUCAGCCUGUUUUGGAGGGAGGGAGUUUUGAUCUUUCAUGGUAACACCAUGCAGUAAAUUAGAACAAUAAGAAAGAGUACCAAGCCUCUCUGCCAAUAACAGCAAAUUUUCAGUUUUCCCCUUCCCACUCAAACCACUCACAAGACAGUCUUAGCAAAAUUCUUGCUUGAUAAAUUGAUAUUUAGACACAAAUUAAUUUUUUGGACCAUUUUAAUUGUAAACAGUCACAGAAAGGCACUUAAUUCUUACCCAGAAAUGAGUUGAUAUUGAGAUCAAAACAGCUGCAUUGGACCUUUAAGAUAACAGUAUGGAUUUUGAGUACCUCAUGAAACAUUUUUAGAUUUAAAAAAUACAUUUUCAAUGUUUUGGUUGAGUUCUUGAAAUAUUUUCCCAUGCUGAGAAGUCUGUUUUUAAUCCAUGCUUAUCCAGGUCAUGUUUAAGGAAAGAAAAGGUGUGUUUGUGCUUUAAAAUACUUUUAAAAUUAUAUUUGAAGGUGUAAUUUCUGAGUAUGCAUAGCAAAUAGAUACAUAUUCUAUAUAUGAUAUAGAUAUUUAUAUAAAUAUAUAAACACGAUAUUCACUUGGAAGGAAAUGUCUAUCUUUAUAAAAACACAAUCCAUUCUUAUCAGUUGCCCUUACGUUCUCACUGCAUAUUAAAAAUGUUGAUCUCCUCUCGAUUCAUUUAUGUUUUGUUCAUUUUAAACAGUCUUUCAUGGUCCAAAAGACAGAGUUCUGGCCAUCCAGGACCAGAAUUCAAUAGUUCUGCUCUGUAAGUAGUAGAUACUGUA